AUCAAGACAGGAAUAUAAAUCGAAUCAUCGACCUCAGCUUCUCCAUCUACAAUGCUCAAUACCUUCAUCCGCAGCGUACAGCGUACAGCCCUCGCAACAUGUCUUCAUCCACUCAGCCGAUGCCAGUAGUUGCCUGCGGCAAAAUCCCCGCGAUGGGGAAAUCAAUCUCCCAGCACCUGCUGCCGGAAUAUGAAGUCAUCCACUUCAUCCUGUCAUAUGAGGCUGCAGAGGCCGAGCUCCCGCAUCUGCUUGCAGGCCGCGAUCCUCAGUCUCGGAGCCCCAAUGAGAUCGGAACCCACGAUUACAGCCGGCCUCCUCGCGCGGUAAUCUUCGGUCGCGGCUAUGAGCCUCAGCAGGUUGAAGAGCUGAAGAAGAAAUUCGCGGGUGCUGCUAAAGAACCUGUUGCUUGGGUUAGGGGGAACCCAGCAGAUUUGCCUGCCGGGGCCGCUGGACCGGACUAUGCUCAGAAUAUCGCGGCGAAUAUGAAGAAGGUGCUUCAUGAAUGGAGGGACGGGGGAGGAAAGGAUGAGGAUAUUUUAGUGUACUAGUUGCUUCUGUUCCCAGCGGAACCCUCACUUCGUAGGGAGGAUUGACUGCAGCUGGAUACAUUGGUCCGCACAGAGCUUCUGUUCUAAACAGGAUACUCACUUCAUGGGGAGGACUGACUUCAACUGGAUACAUGAAUCCGCACAGAGCUUUCAUUCAUACCAAGUGCAAAGACACUACCGCUACAGGUAGCCAACAUUAAAAGAAGUUUGUUGGAAC